AUGUUCCACUUACAAGGCCCGCAACUGCUGCAGAUGCUAGAGAAAUCCUUGAGGAAGAGCCUCCCUGAGUCCUUAAAGGUUUAUGGGACCGUCUUCCACAUGAAUCAGGGAAACCCAUUCAAGCUAAAGGCCCUGGUGGACAGGUGGCCUGAUUUUAAUACAGUGGUUAUCCGCCCUCAGGAGCAGGAUAUGGCAGAUGACUUUGAUCACUACACCAACAGCUACCAAAUCUAUUCUAAGGACCUCAAGAACUGUCAAGAAUCCCUUAGCACAUCAGACGUCAUCAACUGGAAACAACAUUUGCAGAUCCAAAGUUCACAGUCCAGUCUGGAUGAGGUGAUACGGAAUCUUGCAACCACUAAAUUCGUUCAGGUCAAGCAAACACAAUGCAUUCUCUAUGUGAUGUCUGAGACAGCGAGGAAACUUCUUCCUUCCCUGCCGGAGACAAAGAACUUACCUGCUGGAUAUGGCAGACCCAAAGCCAUUAACCAAGAGAUGUUUAAACUCUCAUCCCUGGAUCCUAUCCACGCUGCCAUGGUGAAUAAAUUCUGGCAUUUCGGUGGCAAUGAGAGGAGCCAGCGGUUCAUCGAGCGCUGUAUCCGGACCUUCCCCACCUUCUGCCUGCUGGGGCCUGAGGGGACCCCUGUGUCCUGGUCCCUGAUGGACCAGACAGGAGAGGUGCGGAUGGGGGCCACCCUGCCUGAGUACCGGGGCCAGGGUCUCGUCUCCCAUAUGUUGUUUGUCCACAGCCAUGCUCUGGACAAACUCGGCUUCCCCGUAUAUAACCAUACAGACAGAGCCAACAAAAUCGUACAGAAAAUUAGUCACAAUCUGCAACACGUCCCCAUGCCCUGUGAUUGGAACCAGUGGAACUGUGUGCCUCUGUGAAGCAGCCACGAGCCCAAGACAGUGCUGGGUGGGCUGGUCAC